CAGUUGCAAGUAAAUUCGCCGUACGUACAAAACGACGGCACCUACGUGACCAGCGAAUACAACUACCGUCGUAAUCAAAUCGACUAUACACCGAACGGUACCAUUCAAGUGACACCAAAACAACACAAAUACACAUUCCGUACCCUAUUGAAACCGAACAAAACCGGUGUUUUACUGGUUGGCUUCGGCGGUAAUAAUGGCUCAACUUUACUGGGCAGUAUUCUCGCCAACAAACACCAUCUAACAUGGAGAACGAAACAAGGCGAACAGAAAGCCAACUAUUAUGGGUCACUAACACAAGCGACUACUGUACAUAUCGGAUGGGAUGGUCAGAAGCAGGUUUACGUACCGUUCAACAAACUUCUGCCAAUGGUUGAUCCCAACGAACUGGUCAUCGAUGGAUGGGAUAUCAACGGCGCUAAUCUUUUUGAGGCUAUUCAACGAGCCAAGGUGAUCUCUUUCAAAUGUGAAAAUGAGUGCGGUCAAUUUGAACGUAAGAGACAGUACGAUAUUACUGACGAGUUCUCAACAGUUUUCAAUUUCCAUACGAUAUUAUCCCACGAGUUCUAA